UAUAUUAAUAGAGGUAUUAUACCAAAAUUACCUUCAAUAUAUAAUAAUUAUACUGAAUAUGAGAAAAGUAAACUUUUUAAAAAAUUAAGUAAAAAUAUGAAAAAGAGGGUUAGAAAAUUAAUUAUAUUAGAGAAAAGUGAGAAAAGUGAAAAUUUAACAUUAAAUUCUAAAACAAAUAAUAAUGCAAAGAAAGGAUAUAUAUUUUCAAAUGGAAAAGCAUAUAGAUUACUAUAGUUGGAAAAAAUAAAUUUUCUCAUCGUCAAUUUUGAAUUUCAAAAUUUUCAAGAAUUUCCCACAAUCCCGUUGUUUGUACUACGACCAUUACACAUAAAUACGUCAUUCGAUUUUCUUUAUCUUUACAACUCUACUACAACUCUCAAAAUAUCAUGUCAACACGAGUGAAUAAAACUGGUAAAAUUAAUAAAAUAAUCGAGAAACAAGCAGUACAAUUUGAAGAAUUUGGAAAACGAUUACAAGAAUCACAUAAAGGAUAUGAAAAUGAAUUUAAAAAGCUUGAUGAAAAAUCUUUUGAAACUUAUCAAAAAAAAAUUGAAUCUCAAUCAAAAUUAAUUAAUUCUUUGAGAACUCGUAUCGAAGAAUUGGAAAAUGAUGCUAUCAAAAAAGAUCAAAAUAUCAAAAAACUUCGUCAAGAAAUUGAUGACUCUCCUAUUUCAUAUAAAAGCAGUGAUCUUUUAUUAAAAACUUAUGAUAAGAUGAUGGAACGCUCGAGUUGGGAUAACACCUCUUUAAAUUCUUCAAAUAAUGACACCUCACUUAACUUUAAAGUCCAAGAAAUUGAUAGACUUUAUGGCGAUUCUGUAAAAUUAAAACAGUUCAAAUUUUUGAAAAGUUCUUAUAAUAUUAAUGAAUUAAUUGAAUAUACAAAGUCGAAUAAUUUUAUUGCUCUAAAUAGAAAGAGUAAAAGAUAUAUUAAUUAUCAUAUUAAAUGUAUGUUGUUACAAGAAUUCCAAGGACCAAAUGUAACGCUCUCACAAGAUUUGGAUGAAUAUAUUAAGAGAGACAUACUUCCAAGUUUACCUAACGGAUAUGACAAUUAUACUAUGUAUAGUGACUGGUUUGAUACUUUAAACGAUACAUACAAGUCAAGAGUUAGUAAAUUACUCGAGUCAGGGAAUUAAUAAAGUUGAAGAUUUAGUAAUUAGAUAUAGAAUUUUUAUGUAUUCAAUAUAUUAUUCAAAUUUAUAUUAUUCAUCUUAUUCAUCGUAUUUAUCGUAUAUUCGUAUUUAUAGAGGAAUUUAUGUGUCAAGUAUAUUUAGCUUUCCUUUAUUA